AUGAAUGGGCCAGAAACUGCAGAUGGCACCCUUAUCAUCAUGGUGUGCCGGGCCAAACACUUACCCAACCGCAGGAAGCUAGAUAAACAGAGUCCAUAUGUGCUUUUGAGAAUCGGUACUGAGGCCAAAAGAACCACUGCUGCGUUCAGAGCAGGACAGACGCCUGAGUGGACACAGGAGAUUCGAUUUCUGUUGUCGAGAGAUCGAAGACCGCUUUUGAAGCUCGAUGUGCUUGAUGAGACAAAAAAUGAUCCUACGCCUGUUGGAGAUAUCGAGAUCGACUGUGCCGCUGUUUUCCAGGACCCAGCCCACUACAACGACGGAAAAUACAUUCUAGACGGGUGGCACGACUUGAAGUUUAACGGAAGAAGCGCUGGCAAGAUCUACUUGGAGAUGACGUUUUAUCCUAGUGCUCCAAUUCUCCCUCCUAAAGUGCCCUCGCCAGCUUUUGACUAUGAGAGCAAAGAGCUACCGGCGAUGCCUGAUGAGUUCUCGAGAUCAGAUCCCGUACAGAGGAAAACUGUGGAUGAGAUAUUCCAGGAGAAAGCUGACGCUUUCAGGUCGUCUGACCCGGGUCCCACGGAAAAAGAAGAUGAAGAUGUGUUUGUCUCUGGCAGCCCAAAGAAGGAGGGCAAGCUACGCAAGUUGAGAGAAAAGUUCCAUUCGAAGGAACCACUAAGGAACCUCUUCCACUCCUCAGAACCUAAGCUGCUGAAAGUCGUGGAGGAAUAUUCAGCAAUUCCACCAUUGCAGAGCUUUGAGCACCUAGAACUGGCCAUGGGCAUAGACGACGGCGGCGGCUACGAGCCGCUGCUGACACCUCCUCCUCCGCCACCUCCCCCUCAUUCGGCAAAGACGAGUCCUGUGAGGACGACUCCAUCGAAAACAAGCCCUUCAAGGAUGAGCCCAACAAAAGCUGGUCGUAAGCCACCUCCAUCUCAAGUCGAGGGUGAAUUCGAAAAAUUGACGCUAAGUAACACCCUGGUGCCGUUCUCCGCUGAAACUGUAGGCCUCGAUGACGAUGACGAUGACAUGCCUACACAGGUGUAUCAUAUGGGCCAAGCUGUGAGGCCACUUACCCAUAAGCAGCCACAAGAAACCCCUACUCACAAGAUGAACCCAAAUGAAAUCGACCCAAAGUAUUAUGCCCCCACCCCAUCGGAGCAUUUGGCGAAGACCUUCCGUCUACAAAGCGGCAACGUUACGGCCAAGGAUGUGGACACUGAGUACAACACCGAGAAAAGCGGGUACCUAGGUGAGGGUAGAUGGCUGGCAAAGCGCUUCCUGCCGUCAGUAUUCCAAAGAGUGAACGAUGAGAACGAAGGAGAGGAGAAUAAACCGCCCGUCCCACCGAAAGUGCCACGGGGACUCACAAACAUGGAGUACUAUGUGCUCGAGAAGGACAGCUACUUGAAGGAUAUCAACGGGAGAAGAAUCUAG